AUGGGCUGCCAGAAUUACAUGAAGGGAGACCAGGAGAAGCCGGAGGAGUUAACGGGGGUUGGGAGGUUGAGGCUCCUCAAACCCCAGGUGGAGAGGCGUCGCAGGGAGAGGAUGAACCGCAGUCUGGAGAGUCUGAGAGCACUGCUGCUGCAGGGGCCACAGCACCAGGGCCUGCAGAGUCGCAGAGUGGAGAAAGCAGAGAUCCUGGAGCACACAGUCCACUUCCUGCAGAAGGCUGGGCACAAAGGGACAGAUGAAGGCUCGCAGCAGCAACACUUCCAGGACGGCUUCUCAGCCUGCCUGCAACGAGCCGCACGCUUCCUGCGGGACGACGGGGAAGGGAAGCAGGUGGAGAGAGCGCUGACUAUCACCCUCUCCCGUCACCUCACACCACCUGGCCAAACCUCCAGAACUCCCAUCACCACUCACUCUGUCUGCACUCAGUCCAAGACCCAGUCUGCCCAGCUGUUGAGACACAACUGGCACUGCAGACAGCAACUCUGCUCCUCCCUCAGGAACAACACCCACCCCAACAACAGAGUGCCACUGGCACACGGAGACCCCAAUCUUCCCCAGCGCCCCCACAGAGACGCUCAUGCACCCCCCACAAACAGCCAGUCAGUGUGGAGACCCUGGCCCUGA